GGGUACUUCCCUUCAUGGCUUCGGCCAAGACUACCACGCAUUGGUGACGUAGUACAAACCUCUUGCGUCCUACAGUCUGGCUUUAGCUGUACGAGGACAUUGUCGUUGGAAGUCCCUUCUGACAACAGAGUCGAGCUGGAACCAUUCCGCCCUUCGCCCUUUUACUUUUGCUGAAUCACAUGGCUUGCUGUGUUUGCUGACGCGAAUGGCCCUUUGGCUCUACAGUUGGUCAUACCGGUACUCAUCUUUCAAUGUUAUCUGAAGCUAGCAUAAAGCUCCAAUACAUAAGUACUCUGCUGUAAGGGGACGGAAACCUCAGGCCAGACGUUUCGUUAAUGCCUGUGAUAACGCUGCAGCUUGGGCAAUGUGGUAACCAGCUCGGCUGCAGCUUCUUUAGUGCCCUCGCAUCAGAACUCUCUGCACACGAUUAUGGGCAAGAUGCUGUCCUCGAGUACUACCGGCCUGGGGCUGACCCCAACAUCUAUACGUCACGCUCUGUUCUCAUCGACAUGGAACCCAAGGUGGUUGCGGGCGCCCGAGCUGCCGCCGCCGCUUCCGGCAGCUGGUGGCGCUACCCGCCCUCCGGCUACCUGGUUAUGCAGAGCGGCUCGGGAAACAACUGGGCGCAGGGGUUCCACGGGUACGGUCCGCAGGUGCACGAGGCCGCUCUGGAGCUGGUGAGGAAGGAGGUUGAGCACGCGGACAGCCUGACCGGCUUCCUGCUGCUGCAGAGCAUGGCGGGCGGCACGGGCGCGGGGCUGGGCACCUACGUGGCGGAGGCACUCAGAGACGACUACCACUCGGCCUUCGUCACCAACUGCUGCGUGUGGCCGUACGAGAGCGGCGAGGUGAUCGUACAGCCGUACAACACGCUGUUCACGCUGAGUCACCUGGCUGACGUGUCGGAUGGCAUCAUGCUGCUGGAGAACGAGGCGCUGCACAGGACGUGUGCGCGGCUCAUGGGGAUCGCGCGGCCCUCCUUUGCGGACAUGAACGGCAUCGCAGCACGUGCUCUGGCGUCAGUGCUGCUGCCGUCGCAGCCCCGAGGUCCGUACGGCAGUGGCAGCAGCAGCGGCGGCGGCAGCGCUGCGGGGUCCAAGACGUUGGGCGGCCCCGGCUCCCACCCGCGGGGUUCUCCGGGGGCGGGGCCGGCGGGUGCAGCCGCACAGCUGCCGGCGCUGCGGCGGACGGGCAGCAGCAGCAGCGGCGGCGCUCGGGGUGCAUCAGGGGAGGGCAGCUACCCAGGUAGCCCCCAAGCCCCACUCACUCCAACCAGCAGUGGUGCCCUGGGUGGCGGCCCCUGCGGCCCCUCCUCCCGUUGCCCCGGCCCCGUCCGCACCUCCCCCCUGGCCGACCUGGUGUCUCACCUGUGCUGCCACCCCGCAUACCGCAUGCUGACACUGCGGGCGGUGCCGCAGCUGCCGCCGUCCAGCAUCGACUUCACCACCUUCACUUGGCCUGCCAUCCUGAAGCGGCUCAGGCAGAUGCUGGUGACGGGCAGCAUCCUGGAGGAGGGCAUGGACUGGAGCGUCACGCCGCACAGCCCAGGCGCAGGGGCGCCGCAGGGCCCGGGUACCGCCGCGGCUGCGGGAGGCGGCAGCGCCAGCAGCGGCGCCUGCCGGGUGAACCGCGCGGUGGCCAACUGGCUUGUGCUGAGAGGCCAGGGAGCGGCUGAAGUGGACGUGUGUGAGUUCGCGGAGCCCGCACUGACGGCGGGCUGGGCGGUGGACCCGCUGGCUGUGUCGUACAGCGGCGCCAAGUUCGGGCGCUGCCUCAUGUCGGCAUCGCUGGUCAGCAACGACCGGCGCUGCGUGGGGCCCAUCCAGCGCAUGCAGGAGCACGCGUACGGCAUGCUGGCGUCACGUGCGUUCGUACACCAGUAUGAAAAGUACGGCAUGAGCGUCUCUGACUUCCAGUCGUGCUUUGCUCGCAUAGAGGACAUCGCCCACCGCUACGCCAUGCUGUAGGGCUGGCACGUGGGUUGGACGUACGGCAUGGGGGUACUGCGGGGCCUUGGGGCGAGUUGUUGUUGGCGACACUGACUGUAAAGUGCUGCUUGCAGUGUGCAUCAAGGCUGGUGCUGUGUGGUUCUGGUACCGGUAGCGCCUAUCCUGUGUAAAGGUUAUUACCAUGGGCCGGGGGAUGAAACGUUAUGGUGGAUCCCUGGGCGGGGUUGUGGGCUUAUGCGGCCCGCAGCCAGUACCCCUCCCUGCCCGAGGGAACAUGCAAGGCAGCUGCUGCUGCGGGCUUCGCCUCUGCAGGAUUAACGGCUGUACCCGGGACAGAUCACGAGGCAAGAGUUUACAAGCUUGCACUGCCUUGAAGCUAUAAGUUAGCCGACAACGGCUUUUGCCUCCAUGUAACCAAGCCUGCAGGUCCGGUACCAGUCAGCUUAGCGGGCACGGAUGUGACCGCACCCAAUGUCGGCUGCAACGCAACCAUACGUAAGCCUCAGUCGGGGGCAGGGGCGCCACGCCAGCAGCACCGCCACCCCAACACCCAACACACCCCGGCUAGGUGACUCG